AUGAACGAAAACUGUAUAAUGUGGGAAGAGGUGCGUGUUGGCGUGCACGUGCGUAAUUCUCUAGUUAACGGGAAGGAGGAGAAAAGGUGUGAGAAAACAGUGUGCGUGGUGGCGAUGAAUAGAAUGGACCGAGUCGAGAAUUGCGGAGGGAAAAGUUUUGGACGAGAUAGAUUGAAUGGACACCGCGACGGGUGGCUGGGAAUUGCUUUUUGCAAAGAAUGGUUCAAGAAACGGUUUUUCGUUUACAGAAGGCUUCUGAUUCGUAGAGAAUUGUGAACUUGAAGCAUACAUGGAAAAUCAGAAGAAAAUUGGGGCAAAUCUUAAAGGAUAAGGAAACAUUCAUAAGAUGGCGCUCCUUUCGAGGGAAUCUUCAAUAAAUCACACCAAUCAAAAAUCCAAAAAACUAAAUUAUGCCUUAAUUAUUACUUUUAACAUGAUAUCAACAACUUCAAUAAACUUUAUCUUGCAGUUGUGUGGCCGACCGUGAAACGACUUGCGCCUGGUGGCAUCUUACAGCGUUUGAACGAGCCGUCUAGGGAUAGAGGUUUGUAUUUUUUUAAAUUUAAACUUUGCUGCGAUGCAUAGAGCCAUUCCAAGUGCUAUCAUGAAAUACAUGUAAUAAUCCUCGAUUUUCAAAAAUACGUGAAUCGGAAAAGUGAAUCUGUUUGAGAUAUUUUCAAGACGAGUUCAAAAUUUCUCCUGUGAUUUUAAAAGGAACACAGACAAAUUUUGUAAGAUUUCUCAAAGCGAAAAGCCAUUUUCAGUAUUUGUUCAGGCCGUGCUGCGUGUUAGAACAUCAUAGAAAUUUUUUUUGGAAGAUUAGGGGAAGAGAUUAGAGAUUAUUUCGCUAAUUAUUAAAGAUAAGACCUGAAAUGUUCAGCCAAAACCAAAAUCAAUCAGAACUAAACACAAGAUUACAUUUUCUGGCUCGAAAUCCUGAAGAAAAAGAAUCAAGUGACUUGAUAUACUUGAGAAAAACCGAAAAACCAUCAAAAAAUGAGAGUCAGAUAGCGGUUUGACUCGGUCGAUUCCGGCUAGACGGAUCGGAGAAAGCGGCCGAUCGGAAUAAAAUGAGAAAGAAAAACGAAGAAGAAGAAGGUCCGACGGCGACGAUCAAUCAACAGGGUCCUCACUGA